GGCCGCGGGCUGUGGGCUUUGGGAGGGGUGCGGACUAGCAGAGGCCGAGAGCCGCGAGCCGCGAGCCAGGCAGUCCGGGGCAUCCAGACUGCAGGCCGCGCCCAGGCCGCGCCCAGGCCGCGCCCAGGCUGCGCCGCCCGCCUGCCUCCCGCGCCGCCGCGUCGCCGCGUCGCCAGUGCUAGCGCUCCUCUCCAGCAUGCUGCGGCGGGGCAGCCAGGCGCUCCGGCGCUUCUCCACUGGCCGGGUUUAUUUCAAAAACAAGCUGAAGUUGGCACUAAUUGGCCAGAGCCUCUUUGGACAAGAAGUCUAUAGCCACCUCCGCAAAGAGGGCCACCGAGUAGUAGGGGUGUUCACAGUUCCAGACAAGGAUGGAAAAGCUGACCCUCUGGCUUUGGCUGCAGAGAAAGAUGGGACCCCUGUGUUCAAGCUUCCUAAAUGGAGGGUCAAGGGCAAGACCAUCAAAGAAGUGGCAGAAGCCUACAGAUCCGUGGGUGCAGAGCUAAAUGUGCUCCCUUUCUGCACUCAGUUCAUUCCCAUGGAUAUAAUUGAUAGUCCAAAGCAUGGCUCUAUCAUUUAUCACCCAUCCAUCCUGCCCAGGCACAGAGGAGCCUCUGCUAUCAAUUGGACUCUAAUUAUGGGAGAUAAGAAAGCUGGGUUUUCUGUUUUCUGGGCUGAUGAUGGCUUGGAUACAGGACCCAUCCUUCUUCAGAGAUCAUGUGAUGUUGAACCCAAUGAUACAGUGGAUGCACUUUAUAAUCGGUUUCUUUUUCCUGAAGGAAUCAAGGCCAUGGUAGAAGCUGUCCAACUCAUAGCUGAUGGAAAAGCUCCUCGUAUACCCCAGCCAGAAGAAGGGGCAACAUAUGAAGGUAUCCAGAAAAAGGAAAAUGCUGAGAUUUCUUGGGACCAGUCUGCCGAAGUUUUACAUAACUGGAUUCGAGGUCAUGAUAAAGUCCCUGGAGCUUGGACAGAGAUAAAUGGACAGAUGGUCACUUUCUAUGGCUCGACAUUACUGAAUAGCUCUGUGCCUCCUGGAGAACCACUGGAAAUUAAAGGUGCCAAGAAGCCUGGUCUCGUUACCAAAAAUGGACUUGUUCUUUUUGGUAACGAUGGAAAAGCACUGAUGGUGAGAAAUCUGCAGUUUGAAGAUGGAAAAAUGAUCCCUGCCUCUCAGUACUUUUCAACGGGUGAGAUGCCAGUGGUAGAACUGACAGCUGAAGAGGUGAAAGUGGCAGAGACCAUCAAGGUCAUCUGGGCUGGAAUUUUAAGCAAUGUCCCCAUUAUUGAAGACUCAACAGACUUCUUUAAAUCUGGAGCAAGCUCAAUGGAUGUUGCCAGGCUGGUUGAAGAGAUCAGACAGAAAUGUGGUGGGCUUCAGUUGCAGAAUGAAGAUGUCUAUAUGGCCACCAAGUUUGAAGACUUUAUCCAAAAGGUCGUGAGGAAACUGAGAGGAGAAGAUCAAGAGGUGGAGCUGGUUGUAGAUUAUAUUUCAAAGGAGGUCAAUGAAAUGAUGAUAAAAAUGCCAUACCAGUGUUUCAUAAAUGGACAGUUCACAGAUGCAGACGAUGGAAAGACUUACGACACUAUCAACCCAACAGAUGGAUCUACAAUAUGCAAAGUAUCCUACGCUUCUUUGGCGGAUGUUGAUAAAGCAGUAGCAGCAGCAAAAGAUGCUUUUGAAAAUGGUGAAUGGGGAAGAAUGAAUGCAAGAGAAAGAGGAAGAUUGAUGUAUAGACUUGCAGACCUACUGGAAGAGAACCAAGAAGAGCUGGCAACUAUUGAAGCCCUUGAUUCAGGGGCUGUCUAUACCUUGGCCCUGAAGACACACAUUGGAAUGUCUGUGCAAACAUUCAGAUAUUUUGCUGGCUGGUGUGACAAAAUUCAGGGUUCUACUAUUCCAAUCAACCAGGCCCGUCCAAAUCGCAAUCUGACCUUCACCAAGAAAGAGCCACUCGGUGUCUGUGCCAUUAUUAUUCCCUGGAACUACCCGCUGAUGAUGCUGGCAUGGAAGAGUGCUGCGUGUUUGGCAGCAGGCAAUACCUUAGUGCUUAAGCCAGCACAGGUCACGCCCUUGACUGCUUUGAAGUUUGCAGAACUGUCUGUGAAAGCAGGCUUUCCAAAGGGGGUCAUCAACAUCAUUCCAGGCUCAGGUGGCAUAGCAGGACAACGUCUGUCUGAACAUCCUGACAUCCGCAAACUUGGUUUCACUGGUUCCACUCCUAUUGGCAAACAGAUCAUGAAGAGCUGUGCUGUUAGCAACUUGAAGAAAGUUUCCCUUGAGCUUGGUGGCAAGUCUCCACUUAUAAUAUUUAAUGACUGUGAACUUGACAAGGCUGUGCGAAUGGGCAUGGGAGCAGUAUUUUUCAACAAAGGAGAGAACUGUAUUGCUGCUGGGCGGUUGUUCGUGGAAGAAUCCAUCCACGACGAAUUUGUGACAAGAGUGGUAGAAGAAAUUAAAAAGAUGAAAAUUGGUGAUCCACUUGACAGAUCCACUGAUCAUGGGCCCCAAAAUCAUAAGGCCCAUCUGGAAAAGCUGCUGCAAUACUGUGAAACUGGAGUGAAAGAGGGGGCCACUUUGGUGUACGGGGGAAGACAAGUCCAAAGGCCAGGCUUUUUCAUGGAGCCGACCGUGUUCACAGAUGUGGAAGACUACAUGUACCUCGCCAAAGAGGAAUCCUUUGGGCCUAUUAUGGUCAUUUCUAAAUUCCAAAAUGGGGACAUCGAUGGAGUGUUGCAGCGAGCAAAUAGUACAGAGUAUGGUUUGGCCUCAGGGGUUUUUACAAGAGACAUAAACAAAGCUAUGUAUGUGAGUGAAAAACUGGAAGCAGGAACUGUUUUUAUUAACACAUACAACAAGACAGAUGUGGCGGCCCCAUUUGGCGGAGUUAAACAAUCUGGCUUUGGAAAAGACUUAGGUGAGGAAGCUCUAAACGAAUAUCUCAAAACCAAGACGGUGACACUGGAAUAUUAGAGCAACACCAUCAUCAGGAAAGCCUUGACAGACAGCCCUUUUCAACUCUGGACACACUUAAGAAGAUUGGGUGUGUUGAGGCAGGAGGUGUCAGCCACAAACCAAAAAAUACACAGAUGGACCAUUAAGAGGGCCAGGCCAUGUUAAAGCAUUUACACAUGUGCCUGAGUAUUUUCUAAUACACCUUCCAGUGAUUUGGAGUUGUUGCAUUUUGACUAUGUUGUAUAUCAUACGUAUUUCUAAAAUACCAAGCUGUUUUUCCCCUACCUAGACAAAUCUAUUCAUGGUUUCCAUCUUGAAGAUGUCAGUACCAUGCAGUUAUAAUACACAAGGUGCAUUUAUUGGAAACUUUGUAUAAUAUGUACAGGUUUUUAACCUCUGAACUAUACAUAGGGGGUUAUUAAAAAGAUUUUCUAUAAAAA